AUGCUGCUGGUUUUGUCCGAAGAGCACAAAGAACACCUCCACUUUCUUAACAAAGUGGACGCGGCAGUGGUGGGAGAGUUUGGCCGUAUCGCGCUGGAGUUCCUGAGGAGAGGAAUCAGCCCCAAAGUCUACGAGGGAGCCGCCAGGAAGCUGUCCGUUCCCGUGGAAAUGGUUCAGCACGGCGUGGAGGGACUCAUGUACCUCAUGACCCAGAGCUCCAAACACAUGCUGUCAGAAGCGGACUUUGUGGACUCGGUCUUGUCCUUGGAGUUUGGGGAUGAGCUCAACCAGAACCUCCUGCAGAUGUACCAGCAACACGGCAGCGAGAUCCGCAGCAUCUUGAGUCUGCUGCCUCGCAACUUGCCCGCUUACCACAACCUCCAGUGGAGGUUGGACGUGCAGUUGGCUAGCCGUUCCCUACGGCAACAGACGGUGCCCUCCUUCAGCAUUUUGCUGCAGCUGACGCACGGGCGAGGAAGUGAUUCCGACGCUAAGGUUCUCCGGGUGGACCCCAGCACCCUCCUGCACCUCCUCUCCAUUCUGGAGGGGGCGCUAGCUGCCUUGAAGAGCACGCAUGCGCGACGCGUCCUGAGAAACAUCAAAUAA